AUGGAUGGAGCCGUAGGAGAAAUACCCAACUCUGCCAUUGCUCAGCACGCGUCAGACAAAGACAGCCAAGCUGCCGCAACGGGAACCACACCUAAGCUCGCCACCGCCACAGGAGCGUUCGUGGACGAGCUGCUUGACAGCUACUCAAACGAGGAGCUCCUCGGUUACAUCAGACGCUCUCCGCGUCUAGGAGGAUCCUACUCGGAAAAGUUGAUCUGGCUGCUAUCCCCCACCCUCGUCGCCAAGGAAAUCGGGCAUGACAUUGACGAUGAGCCUCUAGACGAGGUUGGUGCCCUUCAGCUUGCGCGUGCCGCUGGCGUGAGGGUCCCAGCUUUUCGUCGUCUAGUUCCUGAGGGCGAUAAUCGAAUCCACUAUAUCAUCAUGGAGCGGAUCAUCGGCCCUACCCUCCAACAGUUGUGGCGGGAUCUCGGCUUGUGGGGGACUGUCCGUGCCGCAUGGCAACUACGAAACAAUCUUCGAAUGCUUCAUUCUGUGACGUCCCAAACCACUGGCGGAGUACACACCGGUAAGACCCGCUGCACAUGGCUAUACGCUCUACGCGGCCCCGCGCGCCACGCCUCUCCUACAGUAUUCACCAGCUAUCUCAACUGGUGGCUUGUGAAUUGUCGCCCAGCACAUUUGAAACCAUAUCACGACCUCGUACUCCAACCGGCCAAGGAGCAUGUCCUCGUUCACCAAGACCUUGCCCCUCGCAAUAUGAUACUGGAUGCUCGGGGAGACCUUUGGCUCGUGGACUGGGGGUUUGCCGGCUUCUACCCUCCAUUCAUGGAGUACUUGGGGAUGGAGGUUUGGUUGCUUGAGACGCCCUGGCUCUCCGAACGCACCUGGGCUGCGUGGUGGGGUCGCUUUCGAUGGACUGUAUUCCGUUGGAUCACAGCUGGUAGCUUCUAUCGAUAUCGCAAGGCCUGGAACGCACAUGCUAUCAUCCAUACACGCACGCAUAGGUUUAGACUAGAGGAUACACCUUUCUCAGAUCGUCUAUAA